AUGGCUCACAACUAUACUUCCGCCGAAGAUUGGCUGAACCUCUUCGAUAACACUUCUGCCGAACUAGACGGCAUCUCAGCCUUUACCAACCUGUCGAGUGUUCCCCAGCAUCCCUCUGCCCUUCGCAACCCCACACAGCCGUCCCACUCUGGCACCCCCGUCUCAUCAACUGUGGCCCCCCGCCAACAAACGCCGCUUACACUGGAUCCUCAGCCGAAUUUGAGUCUCGUUCAAGAACCGGAAGUCAAGUCCGAGUUGCGCGGAAUCGGAGACAGACUGAUCGUCAUUGAAGCCCAGCUGAAGUGGAUCUACGACAACCAGCAAGAGAUCGUUAAGAGACUUUCCAGCAUGGAAAGUAUCGUGAACGGCAUCGCUGAAAGCCUGGGCACCAACUCUUGGGAGUCAAGCCCCCCCGACAAUGACAUGACCAGCCAGACAUCGUCAGAAUACAGCGAGCCGAAGACCGAGGCCACCAGCGACGAUGACAUAGAAAUCUUCAAUUUCGAGGUCUGGGGAGGGGAUGAUUGGGACAAAUAUCUAUAA